AUGACCAUCAAGUCCGCUUUUCGGUUGAUAACAUAUAAGAUACCUUUCCGCGAACCAGUACAAAAGCAACAUGACGUCGUGACAUGCAUUGCCCCAUUGUUUGGUAAUGAACAAUGGCAGCAAGCCCUAUUUGCUGCGCAUGUUUACAAGAGAUUUGGUACCCAUAUGCAUUUAUACAUCAGGAGUAUGGUUUCACCAGUGUUCGAAUUGUUGAAGAUCUACGAACGAGAGCUACAAUUCAAUCCAAACAUCAACGUUGAGUUUCGAAAUCAGGCAGCUGCUCAAACCGAUUGCCUUUUACAGUAUAAGGAAUCCGCCAACUACGUCUCAUUCGUGGAUCUAGACGAUGUGCUGAUCCCGCGGUUGGCUGGAAAUUAUCUGGACGAGUUUGCCCAUUUAUUUAAUUCUAUGCCAAACGUUGCUUAUAUUCACUAUGCAAAGGAAAACUUUGAGAGAGUUAGCGAAACUGGUAAAUUAGUCGCUGAUCCUCGCUAUGUAAACAGUACUUGGAUUCAUUUUCCCCUUUCUAUAAUGAAUGGCAUGGAAAGGUAUGUCGUUCCUAACAACGUUAACGCUAUCACUCAUCUGAAGCAUAUGAAACUGGACGUCCAAUCGUCAAGACUAACAGAUCCACUAACAGUUCCGACCUAUAAUCCAAGCUCUGAUGAAAUCAAGACCGAUGCGCCUUUGCUAACGAAACAAGACAUUAAAGAACUUCAAAAUGAUUUUGAGAGAAUGGCUCGUCUACCGGAAGUAGUGAAAGUUUUCCCAAAGCUGCCAAAAAGAUUUUCUUAUCUUGAAGCAAUAUCCCGAUGCUAUGAGGAUACCUACUACAAGUUCCACUACAGUGGUAGACUAAAAGAGAUCAAGUGUCCGGGUCCGGAUCGCUGCGUGGUUGGUUAUCUACUUUUUAACACGAAGGUUAACCGAAUAAAAAUCAACAGAGGUUUCUGA